CUGUCACCGCCGACGGAUAGCGCUGCGACAUACAAGACUCCAUAGGCGAUACGAGCAUGUCCCUCCUCCGUACGCCAGUGGUGGCUCCUUCCGCGCCAUGCAUGUGUGAAUGUCGCCAUGUGAUGCAUACAUCUGCUUGCCGACCCACCGAAACCACAUCGGUAAUCCAACGGACAAUCAACUCUGGACGGUGGACAUGCACCGGCUUCUCUUGGCGCAGCGUGGUGCUCAAAAGGAGCUCCUGUCUGACGAACUCGGUGCUCUUGACGGCGACGCGGCAGUCGUGGAGGCAGCUCUACAUCUGCUGGCAGAGUAUACGCGCGGCGCCAUGUCGCCACCACAUGUGCCGUCCGUCUUGUGAGACGUUCGCCAGAAUUCAAGCCGACAAAGAAUCCAAGUUGAGGGAAACAAAUAUUUUACGAUAUACGGCGUUGGGCUAACUCGGCGAAAGGACGCAAUUGUCAAUUUCCAUUGUUCACAGCCAUGUUCAAAGCACUGAUUGUCCUCGGUCUUGCCGCACAAGCCGUCGCGUUCCCGAGCUUUGUCGCACAGGUGCCAAACGGCGAUAAAGUCGCCGGCGUGGGGGCCAUUGGUCACGUCAACCCGGCGGGCGGCGGCGCGCGCAAUGCGUUCGGCCAGGCCUUUGCGAGGGCCGGCACCAAAUGGACGCCUGAGCUGUGCCAAGCCGAUUCCGACGGCGACGGCGCCACGAACGGAGAAGAGCUCGGCGAUCCGUGCUGCACAUGGAAAGUUGGCGCGACGUUGAGCACGACCACGGCGACCCAUCCUGGCAAAGCUGACACGUUCACCGCAGACCAGCUCAAGGCGCUCAAGUGUGCGACUAGUCCGUUGACGACGGCCAAGCCAGUUGUGAGUGCAGCCACGCCGUCUUCAUCCGUUGUAUUUGCAGUGGCAGCCGCAGCGGUUGCCGUGUUUGUUCAAUAAAAACGAGCUCCUUCCGCUUCACGUUGGUCGUGGAUGUAGCUCGC